GCUACAUUCAAGGCGCGCUAAAGUCAAUUCAGGCGUAGGGAUUAGGGAAUAUUUUUAUCCAAGGCUAUAGAACUAACUUAUACGGCCUUGAUAGAACUUCUAAUAGAUUUUUAUAUCAACCUCAAUAUCAAUAUCGAGUAAUAACAAGACGUUUGAGUUAUUGACAAGAUUCUUACGGAUAUAGGUGUUGGCAGGUCAAGACUUGUGGCACAAUGGAGCUGCUGGUUGAGCCGAGCCGCUCGUUCAAGCGGCGCCAGCGGAGGAAGAAGCAGCAGGAGCGGCGCCGGCAGGCGGACGGCAGCGCACCGGCCGGCUCCUCUGACGAGCACGAGCCGCGCACCGCCGGAGGAGGAGAGCCGGGUGAGGGCAGCGCGCCGGCCUCCCGCAGGUCCGGCCAGGGCGGACACCCUCGGACCGACGGCGGCCAGUGCGGAGUCGGACCGGAACACGCCGCGCGUGAGGCCGACAGACCCGCACCGGUAGCCAGCAGCGGCGAGACAGAGGGACGAACCAAGUCGGCCAAACGGAGGAAACGCAGGUCCACUGGUCCGUCCAGUGCAGCUGCCAACGACCAGCAGGCUGAACCGGCGGCCACCGCCCCUAGUGAACGAACCGAACCGGUACCCUCUACCCCCACUGAACGAACCGAACCGGUACCCUCUACCCCCACUGAACGAACCGAACCGGCCCCCGCCGCCUCUACUAGACGGACCGAACCGGCGCCGUCUACUUCCUCUAAACGGACCGAACCAGUGCACUCUGCCUCCACUGAGCAGACCGAACCGGAUCCCUCCGCUUCGGACCAACGGACCAAGUCGUCCCCCACUCAACGGACCGAGCCGGUGCACUCUGCCCCCACUGAACGGACCGCACCCGCACCCUCCGUUCCGAGUCAGUGUAGCGCUCCGGCACCAGAGUCCGGCGCUGAGCCGUUGCCGGAGCGGCGCCGGGAGACCAGUCCGGUGGUGAGCUCCUCAGAGGAGGUGCUGCGCUCAGUGCGCGCGCUGCAGACGGUGCUGGGGGAGCUGCGCACCCGACUGCUGGCCGAGCCGCCUCCCGCUGCGCCCUCCGAGGCCCAGAGCGCGGCCCGGAGCACCGCUCCCCCUCCACAGGCGACCAUGGCUCCUCCGGCAGACGCCGCCGAGGCGCCGCAGAAGACCAAGGAGCAGAUCAAGGCGGAACGCAAGGCCAAGGCCGAGGCGGCCAAACUCGCCAAGGCGGCGAAAGCUCAGAAGAAGCAGGCGGCAGCGGCGGCUGGAGAUGGCGACGGUGGCGACGGGCCGCCCUCCAAACCCGCCCAGUCCGGUGGCGGAGCGCCGGCAGAGACCACGGCAAAGUCCAAAAAGAUGGCGACGCCCAGCGGCGAGCCGGCAGCUGCGAAACCGUCUGAGAAGACGCCGACACUGGUCGGACAACCAGAGCCGGAGAAACCGGCUGGGGAGAAACCCGCCGGGGAGAAGUCCAAGGCCGAACUGAAGGCGGAGCGGCGCGCUAAGCAGGAGGCACAGCGGGCAGCCAAGGCUGCCGCCGCGGCUUCGGCCGCCGCGACUAAGACGCCCAAGGCGGGGGCGAAGGCUGCCAAAACGCCAGGACCGGAGCGUGUUACGCCGGGGGACGCGGACCAGCCGCACAAAGAGUCGUCGAAGGGUGACCGUCGCAGCGCCAAAAAGGCCGCCGCGGAGAAGCCGCCCGCCAGGAAGGGCCUGCAGAUGUUCUCGCACCUUCUGCAGUUUGAUGCCAGCAGUGCAGACACCGCCACCGGCAAACACGGUGUGCCGCCGGCGCUGGAGCCGCUGCUGCUGCGCCUCUCCGCCGGCCAGCUGACGGGCGGCAAUGCCGGCGCCGUGGCGCUGCUGACCGCGCUCGCCGACCUCGUGGACCAGUACGUGACGCCGCCGCAGCGCGAGCUGCUGCGCGACCUGCCCGACCAGGUGGCGGCCGCGGUGGCGCAGCUGGCGCGCCGGCGGCCACUCUCUGUGGCCAUGGAGAACGUGGCCCACCGGCUGGAGCAGGCCAUCCGGCACGAGGACGUGCCCGCCGACAAGGGCGACUAUGAGGCGAAGCGGUAUAUUAUUGAUUGGAUCGAGACUUUCAUAAAUGACCACAUCUGCAAGGCGAUGACGGCCAUCUCCAUGUUCGCCGGCCAGAAGAUCACUGAUGGUGAUGUGAUCCUGACGUACGGCAGGUCCACAACUGUGCUGGACGUGCUGGAUGCGGCGCAGCGGAAGGGCUGCCGGUUCCGGGUGAUCGUGGUGGACUCUCGGCCGCGGCUGGACGGGCGCGACAUGCUGCGACAGCUGCUCGACGCGAACGUACCGUGCUCGUACGGUCUGCUCACGGCCAUCGGACACCAUAUGAAGGAGGCCACCAAGGUGCUGCUGGGCGCCCAGGCUCUGCUCUCCAACGGCAUGGUGCUGUCGCACGCCGGCACGGCGCUCGUCAGUCUGACCGGCCGCGCCCUGAACCGUCCCGUGCUCGUCUGCUGCGAGACGUACAAGUUCUCGGACCGCGUGCAGACCGACUCCCAGGUCUACAACGAAUUAGGUGACCCGAACGAGCUGGUGACGCCCGACUCGCCGCUGGCCGACCUGCGCCAGUCGGAGUCGCUCAGCCUGCUGAACCUGGCCUACGACGUCACGCCGCCGGAGCUGGUGGACGUGGUGGUGACGGAGCUGGGAGCCAUCCCCUGCACAUCCGUACCGGCAGUGCUGCGGCUGCAGCAGAGCGUGGUGUACUGAAUACCGGCUGCAGACCGGUAUGUACUGAAUAUCCGCCCGGGCGGAGUAUACUGAAUACCGGCGUGUACCGGUUCGAACGGUGUGUACUGAAUACCGGUCUCAAUGGGGUGCGGCCAGUGUCCGCCUCUGGGAUGGUGUGCAAUCUGCAUAACUGCGAAAAAAAUGCCGCCGUCCCGGAGCCCUAGUUGGCAAACACCCAACACCACCACCCAACCCCAACUACGCAGUGCGUAUGUACGAACGAUGCGCCUGGGUGCUGACUGGUAGUCAGGCAUUGGAUUAGCUGAGCUGCGGUGACUGGCGGGCUAAUAUGGGUGUCACUGUGAGGAAGGGGUGGGUUCUGUAGGGGGUGGUCGUGUGCCCGUGCGGCGUGCUUUCUAUCCUAGUGAUGUCAGGGUGAAGGUUCUGACGGCCCCGCGUUUGGCCGUGCCACGCCGACUGUUCUGAUACCAAGUGGUGCGUUGUUACGAUUUAUUUGUCUACGGUUCCUUGGCUAUAUGAAUAUAAAAAGUUUAAUGUU